AUGGGAGACGACCCAGAAAAAUGUAAUGCUAUAAGAAAUGCUGAUGAGAAGCCGCCUGCGCCUGUUGAUGAUUCCAAAAAAGGCAAAGAACAAGAAGAGGUUGAGACUGAAAAGGAAAGCUCAGAAAGCCAGAAAAUAGCACGUGACGUACUGAUACAACCAACGCCGCCAAAAGAACGUGACGAUUCACAGAAGGCGAUCUCACAAGCCCCACGUCCCAAAGAGGAAAAACACUCCAAGUCGAAGUUGGGAUCGCUCGAAUGUAUUGUUACUGAUAUUCUGCAUGUGGCUUAUGCGGUGGAGUGGCAGUGCGUAAUCGAGUAUCGAGUGAGUAUCGAUCCAGGACACCCUGUCCAGGGAUCGUGUCCUGGAUCGAUACUCACUCGGUCAACCGUGCCUUCUGCUCCCAUGCGGUCGCUUAAUUGUUAG